UGUUAUGCAAUAGCCACUAUUUUAUUAUAUUUUUUAUAGCUGUACGCGUAUCGAUAGCUGUUACAAAAUCGCACCUCAGACAAAACACAGAUGGAAACGAAAUUGAAAACGAGGAGCCAGACGUGCCUUUACAGGAUGCUAAUGAUGACGACCACCCACCGGAAAAAAGCAAGAAGUUCCAAAAGCUUAGUAAUUGCUGGCCAAACUUUAAUGUCAAAAAAUACUUCGAUAUCUUAGAUGAGCUCGAUGAAAAAUAUUCGCGAGUCCGUGAAAAUUACCAAGAAGCUGUGGGCAUUGAAAAUUUUGAUGCUGAAAUGCUUGCAAUGAUGCUAAAAUCUGGGGGAGUGGCAGAGCGUUCGGCCAACAAAGCUGGCGGAAAUCGAGGCCUUAUACCUGCUGGAAUUAAUCUUGGUGGAUUUUGUAUGAUGCGAAUGCCCAAUACUAUCUUAUUCUUCCAUCGCAUGAAAUUACGCAAUGACACACAGUUCAGGAUACAAUACCUUCACAAUGACCUAGAGAACAUGGUGCUACGAGCUCGUAUAUCUCUAAACGACUUACAUCUUAUUGGUUCAUACGACCGAACUAUUACUGAUAAAAAUCCUUCUGAUCUCUUCUACGUACCCACCUUCGGACAAGCAGAAUUUAUGCUGAAGAACGUAAGAUAUAUUAUGGAAGGUCGAUAUAGACUUCUGUCAAAUCGUCUCAAUUUAGUGCUGACCAUAUCAGAAAUUCAAAUGGAUGAUAUAUUAAUGGAGUAUCAGGGCAAUGUAUCAUCACCUCCCAUCCGAUUGGAUAAACGAAAUAUCGAUACUUUUAUGGAUAGAUUGAAAAUAGAUUUGAAUCAAUGGCUAAAGGAUUACUUCAAUGAUUACCUUAUGUAUUUCGGCCUCUCUGGUAGGAGGAUGAAUCCGGAAUUCCAGAAAUAUGACAAAGAAAAAAGUAUUGCAUUGAAUGAUUUCACAGACAACGCCAUAAAUGUAAUAAUACGAAAACUGCACCAGGUCAAGGCUGGGUCAGUAAGACUACCGAAGUUUACAAUUUAUGCUAUCAAUGGAAUGCAACUUCACUUAAGGGAUGGUGUAAUACGUGGCUUAGAUAGCAUUUAUAGACGUUCCAUAGCAACUGGAGUUAGACAAAACGAUAUUCGUAAAAUCGAUGCAUUCGUUGGAUUUAGUAAUUUAAAGGUGACAUAUUCUUACGAUGCCACUGUAUCUAUGGGUGCAGCUCCUCUAAGUGGAACCCUGACAUUAUCUGCAAAUGACCUUGUAGCUCAUAUAUCGUUGUCUAUGGUCAAAGAUCCUGAAUCUGUAGACCUCGAGUUUGAAUACAUACAACAAGCAGCACCGGAAUCUCUGACCAUAGAAGGACCAGCAAACAGAAUGAUAUCACAUUUCAAAUUUUUACUUGAAAGGCACAUAAUUGCUAUCAUGAGCAACACUUUGAUUCAUAAUAUUAAAAUGCUUAGCACUUUAUCACGGUGUGUUCCCAUAUUGGUACCUAAGGCCGAUGAAGCUGCUACGAUCGAAAGUGAUGAAUAUAACGAUGAUAAUCAUAAAUUGAUCGAACACGAUAAGUCUUUUGAUCAAGUUGUAGAUACUAAAUCUAAUGAAAAAUUGGCUAAGAAACACAGUAAUACAAAUAUGAAUGCUGAUUACGUUCUUUGGAAAAAAGAUAGUGUCGAACUUGAGUUCCCGCCAAAACGUGGUUCAAAGAAGAAACAAAAGAUGUUCCUGAAAUAUAAUGAAAAAUUUGCUCUUGGAAAGAUAAAUUAAAUAAAUGGAAACCUCAUACAAAAAUUAUUGCAGCUACAUAUUUAUUUUUCUUUAUUAUAAGUGCUUCGGUAUGUACUUACCUAGGUAAAAAUUGUUUAAGAAAUAUUUAAAUCUGUAACCCGAUUCAAAUUGGAAAUCACACAGAUAUGUAAACUAAACAAGUUAUUAAUAAAUUAAGCAUAAUAAGAACACAAUAUUUCAAAAAAUAAACU